AUGCCCCCGUCUCCCCUGACUGUCACGCUUAUCCAAGCGACCAUACUUAAUGCUAUCUCCAACAUUCUGGCGCAGAUUAUCGAUCAGUACCAGAAGAAUAAACCAUUCGCCCUCAACACCCCAGCCCUGCUCCAGUUCGUCGGCUACGCCAUCAUCAUCGUCCCCAUCAACGACAUCUGGCAAAAACUCGUCGAAGCAUGGUACCCCGGCUUUCCCACCUGGCGGAUCCUGUCCCGAUACCGCCGGGAGACCACGACGGCGACGACCACCACCAACAUCCCUCUCCACCACCACAGGGAUGCUGAAUUGGCAGCUGUCGCAGAAGAGAAGGACAAGCCUGUCCGUCGUGCGGAGUCGGGCCCGGGAUCAGGAACGUGGAACUUCACUAUGAAGUUCAUGCUUGAUCAGACUGUUGGAUCGGUUAUGAAUAUCGUGCUGUUUGUUGUGCUGAUUAACCUGCUUAAGGGGGCGGGUUGGAACAGGAGUUGGGAGUUGGUUUGUGAGGACUUCACACCCAUCAUGAUCGCGCGCCUCAAGUACCGGCCGCUGGUGUCCGUCCUGAUGUACACUAUUGUCCCGCUAGACCGGCGGGUGGUGUUUGGAAGUGCGUGCGGGGUGAUCUGGAGUGUCUAUCUUAGUUUAUAUGCUGCUGUUUAG